AUGAUUAUCCUCAUUUUACAAGUUCUGGCCAGGAUGCUACCCUUGAUCUGGGGUUCACUGCUAUGCUGGGGGCUACUACCCCACGCUCACGGAAGAGCCCAGCAUCACCUCAACCUGCUGGUCAGCCAGAGUCAGCUGGAAACAGAUAUCAGCGACCUAUUCUCAGAGCACAAAGUGCUGGAGCGCAUGGCCAGGAUCCCAUUGGACCGCGCCCCAGGUGAAGGCGCCGCACUCUUGGACGAUCUGCCCUUUGUAAAAGAAAACCUCUCCUCCAAGAAUAGUGGAGCGCUCCAGCUGUCACUCAUCGGAGACCUGCUUUCCAAGGACAGCUCUGCACUGCACAAACUGCUCCAGUCAGCGGGGCUGGACAUAAAAGAUGUAAAAGGACUUAAGGUCACUGUGAAAAUCCUGGAUGACAGUCUGCUGCAGGUCACGCUGCGGUGCAAGCUGUAUAUCUCAUUUGCCGGGACCCUAAGUGUCGAGCUCAUCAAGAACAUCCGCAUCGGGGUGCGACUUGAGCAGAUGGGGAACCAGACCAAGGUGGCCAUCAAGGAGUGCCACACGCCCCCAGGAUACCUGAGCAUUGAGGUUCUGAAGAAGCUGGGACCCCUGCCAUUGAACCUAGUUCUGAAGUUGGCGACAGGCACUCUGGACAAGAUGCUGCCCUUCCUCCUGCAGAAGAUGGUGUGCCCCAUAGCCACAGACCUACUCAACAUGCUGCUGGACGGUCUGCUGCGUAUGUGUCACCCCCCGCCACAGAGCACCCCCUUUCCAGAGGAUUUCCAGUACUACGUCACCACUACCCAGCUCACGGAGGAUGCCAUCCUCAUGCACAUCCUGCUCAUCACCCCCUGUGGCCGCACAACCCCAAGGCAUGACCCCAACCACGGAGAACACAGGUCCCUCCCCAAAAUAGUCCAGGGCAGCAUGGCGGACCUAGUCUUCGGGCUGGAAGCCUACAAUGACAUCCUGGCCUGCCUCUACGCCACCAAGGAGGUCCAUGUGAACCCCCACAACUCCAUGGCUGCUGAGCUUCUUCAGCUGCUGUCGCCGAGACGCCGAGAGCCGGGGUCUCAGGGCGCUGAUCAGUGCAGAGGGAGUGUGGGACUGACCAUCAGAACCCCUGAGCCUCCUGCCAUCCGCCCUGGUGGUGAUGCAGUCAUCCAGCAUGGCUCAAUGGUGCUGUCGGGGCCCUGCAAUGAAUCUGUCUCAUUUUUCUGGCAGGAAAAACAUGAAGAGGUCUUUGUCUUAGAGCUUCUGAAGAACUUUUUGCCCCAUCACAAUGAACUGCUCAGAGAAGAACUCUACCUCCCACUGCCCAGCAUCAAAGGCAUGGACUUUGAAAAGGCACACGUGAUGAUCUCCCAGUCCCAGGAAGCACAGCAGGAGCAGCAGCUUCUGGAAACCUUCAGCUCCCAUCAGUACUGGGCCUGGUACCUAACCCACACAUCCUGGCACCACAAGGCCACGGGCAGUGUGGAGUGUGAUAUGCCCUCCUUUGCAGAUAUCCACUGCAUGAUGCCCACCCUCAGAGCCAUGGUGCUCACCAUGGCCAUCUUGGCAGCAGCGUUCCAGGUGACUUCAGCACAACUGAUAUUGGCCACCCCUGUCUCAGCACAGUCCCUUUUGUCAUCUGUAAAUCUUCCUGUAGAAGCCUUAGGUUCUGUGAGUCUCCCAACUAUCCCUCCGGCCCCCAGAAAUCUACGCUUGCCUCACCUGGAUCAAAAACACACACCAUCUACAAAACGUGCAGCAGAGCCCAGGAAGAGCCCAGAAGGCACUUGUCUACCUGUGGCCCAGUACUUCGUGUCUUCUGUGGCAUUGCAGAAUUAUAUGAACAGUACCAUGCCCGAGAAGAUGGAGGAGAAGGCCAAGUGUGAGAGCAUGCAUGUGGUUGGUGUGAUCGGUAAAGUGCUGUCGGCAGUGAGCGACUCCGAUUUCCUAGACAUACUGAAGGUGGUAGAACCAUCCUCACUCCUUUCAGGAGAGGGUGGUCUCCUUGGUGUACUCGGAGGAAUUGCCGGUGACCCCCUCAGUGCAGUUGGAGGAGCUGGUUUACUCGGAGGAAUUGCCGGUGACCCCCUCAGUGCAGUUGGAGGAGCUGGUUUACUCGGAGGAAUUGCCGGUGACCCCCUCAGUGCAGUUGGAGGAGCUGGUUUACUCGGAGGAGUUGCUAUGCAGCUGGAGGAGCUGGUUUACUCGGAGGAGUUGCUAGUAAACCCCUCAGUGCAGUUGGAGGAGCUGGUUUACUCGGAGGAGUUGCUAGUAAACCCCUCAGUGCAGUUGGAGGAGCUGGUUUACUCGGAGGAGUUGCUAGUAAACCCCUCAGUGCAGUUGGAGGAGCUGGUUUACUCGGAGGAGUUGCUAUGCUAA